ACCAGUCAAGUAAAACUGCAUAGCCAUAGCAAGCAUAGCAUAGACGUAAGCAAGCAUAUCCAUAAUCCAUCCAUCUUGCGCGAAUGAGUGAAUCGCAAGGUUCAUCUCCAUUCCGCUAUAACAAAACCUCAAACAACACCGGAUUUGAAGAAGAAGAAGAAGAAAGCGAAUCAAAUAGAACGAUAUGAUGAUGUUAUGCGCAGCAGAGCCUUGUAGCAUUUGCGCCUCCUAUCCCUAUCCCUAUCCGUAUCGGUAUCCCCAUCCGUAUCGGUAUCCCCAUUCUUUUCCCUAUUCCUACUCCUCCUCCAGGGUUUGCUUCUUCAAGAAAAUACCCCAUUUCAAGAAACACCCGCCAGCUGAUGCUCCUCCGCCUCCAUCCUUCACAUGUCAAGCCUCCCUCAUUACAAAUCCCGAUUUUUUCGAGGUUGGGAAGUCAAUUGGCAGCUAUGGAUUCAUCAACAUUACUAGGCACGUUACUCUGGGCUGCUUCAUUCUGGGACUGACUUGGAAUAUUUAUCCUCAGACGUUGGGAAAAUGGCAAGUCAAGAUAUUGGGGAAGGUUCCGUUAAGAUCAGCACUGCGAUGCAGACUUUAUGAAGGACGGAUUGUUCAGGGAUUGUACAGAGGUAUCCCUGUUAUUUUUAAGGUUUAUCCAGGACAACAAGUUGGUGGCCCUGAAGCAGACCUGAUGGCUGCGAAUGAGCUCAGUGCUCAUUCUUCCCUUCAAAGUAAUUCAAAAGCCAUGGGUUACUUGGAGAAUAUCCAGAUCCUUCUUGGCGGAUUUGAGACAAGAGCUGGUGAGCAGUGGCUUGCUUUCCGGGAUGAUGGAAAGUACACUGCUGCAGAUUAUGCAAAAAUUGCAAGUGAGAAGAUGUCGAAAGCUUUUGAUCAGGGAGUAGUGAAACCUUGGAAUCCAUUUGAAAAGGACGUUGCUAUGAUGAGGAGAAGGUGCUUUGUUGCUAAACUGUUUCAAGGUGCCAUCAGAGGCCUGGCUUAUAUGCAUGAUCACGAUAUAUUGCAUCAAAGUCUUGGACCUGCAUCUGUUGUUCUCAAUACAAUGGUGGAGAAGAAUGCUGCUUAUCUUGUUCCGAGGCUCCGAGAUCUUGCAUUUUCGGUUGAUAUCAGGUAUUUGGGGCUGGAGAGAGAUUGGAGUCCGCUGUCUGAACAACUGUGGAGACGGGCAUCUGCUGCAGGUGCUUUGACACCCAUGGAGAGAAGAGCCUUUGGGAUAGCAGAUGACAUAUACGAAGCCGGGCUUCUGUUGGCGCAUAUGGCUUUUAUUCCAUUUUGUGAAGCUAGGGCGAUGGAUAGCCUGUCUUUGAGAAGGCUUCUGGAGAAUACUUUCCAACAUGAGGUUGGAGCUAUGAGAGAAUACUGUUUAGCAGAUGAGUGCCUCAGUGAAGCUGUUAAAUUUCUGGAUGUGGGAGACCAUGCUGGGUGGGAGCUGCUCCAGGCAAUGGUUGAUCCUGAUUAUCGGAAGCGGCCUGGUGCAGACGCUGUACUGAAGCAUCCGUUUCUGGCAGCAGCCAUGAGUGUGAUUGGUUAGACAGAGGCAAAACAGGCAGUCAAUCUUAAUCAUAAUGGAGUAUAAUAAUGACUUCCAUAUCGGUUGGAGACUUCUUUGCUGGUCGGUUCCUGUCCUUGGCAGUUGUCUGUCUCUCGGUAGCCAAGUGAUAAAUGAUUUUCUUUUUUGUUUUGGAUAGUGCAAAUUAUAAAUGAUUUUAUUUUUCUUCUUCUGUAGUAGGCUUUGAGUAAAUUUCCAAACCUUAUUACUUGUAAAGUACAAAUUAGAUUCGACAAAGUGAGUCAUUUUAAAUGAA